AUGUCCAUGACUAAUUACAUGAAUUUCACUGAAACAUUAACAACCAUGCUUCAAAAUGAAUCAACAUCAGCAUCAACAUCAAUCAAUGAAUCAUCAUCCUUGGAUGAUCUUUGCAAAAAUUUUCAUCUAAUCGUUUUUCUAUGUAUUAUAUUUGUAUUAAUCGUUUCGGCUAAUAUAUCUGUUAUUCUUCAAUUAACUUGUUCGAAAAAACGUCGUAGUCGAAUGAGUUUUUUCCUAUUAAAUCUUGCUUAUGCGGAUUUAUUUGUUGGCAUUAUUAUUGUCACUCGUGAUAUUAUUGAAAAAAGUUGUAUACCAUUUAUGCUUGGAACUAUUGGAUGUCGAUUGAUUAGUUUUAUACAAGGUACAAUUUCAUAUAAUUCAAGUUAUGUACUUGUUUGUGUGUCAAUCGAUCGUCUCUAUGCAAUUGUUCGACCUAUGGAUAUACGAACAGCAUCGUCAGCAUUUCGAUAUUCGUUGAUUAUCGCAUCGUGGGUUAUUUCAAUGACAUUUGCUUCUGCUCAAUUAUAUUUGCGAGACACUGAAAAUAUAAGCGGAAUGCCCAUAUGUGGCAAUCGACAAGAUGUUCAAAAUUGGAAUGCAUAUGUAUAUUUUCUUUUUCUUUCUCUGUAUCUUGUUCCAUUGAUUGUUAUGACUGUUUCGUACAUUAUUAUCAUUGUAAUAAUAUGGCAAAAAGGUUCACUUAAAAUAAAAGAUGAAUCCCCACAUGAACAACGUGAAAAAUCGAAAAUUCGUCGACUUAUUACACCAAAAACAUUGAAUGCCAAUGGUGAUCAUCAAAUUGAAACAAAUAUUCGUAAUGUACGAUCGUUGGGCGUGAUACCAAGAGCAAAAAUAAAAACUGUUAAAAUGACAUUAGUCAUUGUUAUUGCUUUUACUGCUUGUUGGUCACCCUACUUUCUUCUAAUGAUCAUGAAUUCGCUCAAUUUAAUCCAAAAUUAUCUUCUCAUUCGUGUUACAUCAUCUUUAUGCUAUAUGAAUUCCUUAGCUAAUCCGCUUAUUUAUUGGCUUUUUGUUACGAAUUUUUGUCUUCGAUGCAGAGAGAAUUAUGAUUGUAAUAAACUACUAAGAACAAAAUUAACAGCAAACAGCGAAAAUAUAGCGAUAUGUUCUUUAUCAGAAGCUCGAUACAGUAUUGGUAGCGCACGACAACAACGUCGACGUUCAAGUGAUUAUCAUCGUGCACAUCAUCCACGUACACCAACAAUGUCGGUACAUGUACCUCGUCCAUCCUAUUAUCGAACACCGCCAUCACCCUAUGUUCGAGCAAGUAAACGAAUGGUUCAACAUCAAAAUUCACAAGCACCACUUCUCUAUGGUUAUCAAUGUCCUCAUUGA